UUGCUGAAUGGUUUUUUCAAAUUUUUUUUAGCAUGGAUUGUAUCAUACGAACAUCACCAUUUUUAUUAAAUACUAUUAUAUAUGGAGCAAAGGGAUUUACCAGACAUAAAACCCAUGUUAUUCCUUUUGCAAAUUCCUUGAAAUUUUUCUCAACAGCUCAUGCUGAACCUUUUUUAAAUGGGACUUCCAGUACUUACGUUGAAGAAAUGUACUUUGCCUGGAAAAAUAACCCCCAGAGUGUUCAUAAAUCUUGGGACGCUUACUUCACCAACAAAGUUAACGGUUUAAGAUCAUCCGACGCUUAUUCAACGCCUCCGACUCUUUCGGCCUAUAACAUAGACAUUAAACCUGCACAGAGACCAUUGAUCCUUGAAAACGGAGAUCUAAGAACAGCUCCGCUGCUGAAGGAUAAAGAAAUUUUGAGUAUUGUAGACGAACAUUUAAACGUCCAAGAUAUCAUAAGAUCUUAUCAAAUUAGAGGACACUUUAUUUCCAAAUUAGAUCCGUUAGAGAUAAAUUCUACCUCUUAUCACAAAUUGAAUCCCGCACAAAUUAUAUUUCGUAAUUACAAUAUAGAAACGAUGGAUAUGAACAAAGUCUACGUUUUACCACUAUCGACGUGUAUUGGAGGCGAAAAAAGAUCCUUACCUCUUAAAGAUAUCAUAAGUCGAUUAGAGGAGGUAUACUGUCAGCACAUCGGCCUAGAGUUCAUGUUCAUAAAUAAUAUAGAACAAUGCGAUUGGAUACGCAGUAAAUUUGAAACACCUGGGGUCACGAAGAUAGGUGAUGAUGAGAAAAAGCUCAUACUUAAGCGAUUGACUCGAUCCACGGGUUUUGAAGAAUUUUUGGAGAAGAAAUACCCGUCCGAAAAAAGGUUCGGGCUCGAAGGCUGUGAAGUGCUUAUCCCGGGUCUGAAACAAAUCAUAGACACUUCAAGUUCAUUGGGAAUCGAAAAUUUCGUUAUGGGAAUGCCACAUAGAGGAAGACUGAACAUAUUAGCUAACGUCUGCAGACAACCUUUAGAAGCUAUAUUUUCUCAAUUUCAAACUCUUGAAUCUGUCGAUGAGGGUUCAGGAGAUGUCAAAUACCAUUUAGGUAUGUCACACGAACGCAUAAAUCGAAUCAAUGGCAAAAAAAUCCGCAUGUCUGUCGUCGCCAAUCCAUCCCACCUGGAAGCCGUUGACGCAGUAGUGCAAGGUAAAACAUAUUCCGAGCAAUUCUACAGAGGCGAUACUCAUGGUAAAAAGGUGAUGAGCAUUCUGAUCCAUGGAGAUGCCGCCUUCGCAGGUCAGGGAGUCGUUUACGAAACUUUCCAUCUUAGCGAAUUGCCCAAUUACACCACGAAAGGCACAAUUCACAUAGUCGUCAAUAAUCAGAUCGGGUUCACGACGGAUCCGCGUGUAGCCCGCUCAUCCCCAUACUGCACGGACGUAGCUCGCGUGGUUAAUGCGCCUGUGUUUCACGUGAAUGCCGACGAUGCCGAGGCCGUGGCCUACGUAUGCAAAGUCGCAGCCGAAUGGAGGUACACAUUUGGGAAGGAUGUCGUUGUCGAUUUGAUAUGUUACAGGCUUCAUGGCCAUAAUGAAGUUGACGAGCCCAGUUUUACUCAACCGUUGAUGUACCAAAAGAUAAGGAAACAUCCAAGGCAGUUGCAAAUAUACGCUCAAAAACUCAUAAAACAGGGAAUAGUCAGUAACACCGAAAUCGAGACGGAAAAAGAAGAAUACAAGAAGAUAUGCGAAGGUUCGCACAACACUGUCAAGCAAAUAACUAAAAUGAUGCACACUCAAUGGCUGGAUUCUCCUUGGGAUGGCUUCUUCAAAGGUAAAGAUCCGCUAAAAACCCGCUCUACCGGUGUUCCCGAAACUGUAUUAAAUCACAUUGGCCAAAAGUUUUCUGAAUUUCCACCAGCUCCUUUUAGUUUGCAUAGCGGGCUUAAACGUGUUUUGAAGCAAAGAGCUGAGAUGAUGUCAGAAAGAAAAGCAGAUUGGGCUCUGGCGGAGGCCUUUGCUUAUGGUUCACUUUUAAAGGACGGAGUUCAGGUCAGACUUAGUGGGCAAGAUGUCGAGAGGGGAACCUUCAGCCAUCGACAUCACAUCUUACACGACCAAUUGCGGGAUAAAGUAACCGUAGUUCCUUUGCAAAAUUUAUGGCCUAACCAACCUCCGUACACAGUUUGCAAUAGUUCAUUAUCGGAGUACGCUGUUUUAGGGUUCGAAUUAGGCUACUCUCUCACCAACCCUGACUCUCUUAUAAUGUGGGAAGCCCAAUUCGGGGACUUCAACAAUACCGCCCAAUGUAUAAUAGACCAGUUCAUUUGCAGUGGGCAAGCUAAAUGGGUCAGACAAAGUGGCAUAGUGCUUUUGUUGCCACAUGGAUAUGAAGGAUUGGGACCAGAACACAGCAGCGCUAGGAUUGAACGGUUUUUACAGGGUUGUAACGACGACCAGGAUUAUUAUCCCCCUAAAGAUCCCAACUUCGAUUUGCAACAAUUGCACGAUAUCAAUUGGAUCAUUGCCAAUUGCACCCUCCCCGCCAAUCUUUUCCAUAUAUUGAGGCGGCAAUUAGCUUUACCCUUUCGAAAACCGCUAAUUAUAUUUACGCCUAAGAGUCUACUAAGACAUCCGAGGGCUAAGUCGAGCUUUGAUGAUAUGCUUGAAGGAACGGCAUUUAAACGUAUAAUACCCGAUAUUGGUGCGGGGCAGAGUAGUCCAGAAUCGGUUAAAAGACACAUUCUUUGUACUGGUAAAGUUUAUUUCGAUUUGGAAAAGGAAAGAGAGGACAAGAAUAAAGAGAAAGAUAUUGUUAUAACGCGAAUCGAACAACUCUCUCCAUUUCCCUUCGAUCUUAUUGAGGAUGAAAUUCUCAAAUAUCCAAACGCCGAACUAGUCUGGGUUCAAGAAGAACCGAAAAAUAUGGGGGCUUGGCAGUACAUAUGUCCUAGAAUCAAAACUGCUCUCAGGAAACAAAAAUCUAUAAAGUAUAUAGGUAGACAAGUUGCAUCUUCACCAGCUACGGGUAACAAAUUCCAACAUCAAAGCGAAUUUGAUCAAUUAAUGAAAGAUAGUCUGGAUAUCAAACAAUAAACUAAAUUUUUAAAUCUAAUCUUUUAUUUGUUCGCCUCUCUCUAACCAUACUUUAAUUUUUUUAAUGCAAUUAAAUAUAUAAAUUACCCACAAAAUAUUUGUAUAAUGAUAUAGUUAUUUUAUUCUUCGACAAACUAAUUUUUUAGUCAUAACACGCGCACAUAUAACUAUUAUAUUUAAUUUUUUUUAAAUGGAAUGUUUUUUUUACCCCGAGUCAUUAUUUCAAAGCUAUUAUACAUACGGGCCAAUGAUUAUAUUUAUAAUGUAUAAAAAAAAACAUUUUUAUAAACAAAAGCUCUAUUUAAAUACAUAUAUUAGAAUUUUUGUAAUUUAAAUGAAUUUGAUUAAAUUAAUAAUU